GAAAAUGCGGUGCAUUGUCUUGUUGACGAACGGUGACCAGAUCACAACGGACCGACAGGAUCAGAUUCAUGUAGCAUAAGCGCAUGCGCAGUAGCAGAGCUACGCACGGAGCGGGCUACGUCGACAUCUAUCUGCACAUGCGCGCCGCCAUCUGGUCGCCACACGCGCUCAGUUGCCCGCGCUAAGAAAAACGUGCUCAGCAACAAGUUGCUUUUUGUGCGAAGUUAACCCACAAAGUUCGCGACGCAGGAGGUCCAGAACUACUUGACCGGAACCAAUUCGAAAGAUUUGGUCCGCCCAUCUUCAAGUGGUCUUUGUGUGUGUGUUGAAGCUUUGCAGCCUAGUUAGCUUAGCUUAGCUUGGGAAAAAAGAACAACGUGGUUCGACGCUUGAACAUCAAGUUGGAGCCUCCUAAAGUGUGCAAAAUGGGUGCAAGAAGGACGCCAGCCGCAAAGUUCGAGGCGGAACUUUGUGGCGCAAAAGCUCAGCAACGACAUCAACUCUCGACUGCUUGCAAAAUGCAAGUAAAAGUUGUUCUUCGCAGACUAACAGGUUUCAGCAAAUAUCUUGGUCCUGACGCUCAACAGCUAAAGAGAGAAGUUCAACUUCCAAUCAAAAAGGAGGAGGGAGAGCUGCUAUACAUUAAAGAGGAGGAUGAUAUCAACGUGUCGACUGGUGAGCCCUUGAAUAGCGAGGAUGGUCUGAGUGAGGUCAGCAGAGGGACGGAGCCUCCAAACGGCAGCAGCAGCUCAACAGGAUUGCAAACACACAUUUUCAUCGCAACAUCAAACAGAAAUGGUGCCAUGUCACGCUCACCGAACAAGGAUGAUCAUGGUCAUAAGAAAUCUCACCUAGAUGACAAAAUCUGCAAAUGCUCUGAGUGUGGGAAAACCUUUGCUAAUAACUAUACUUACCGUAUGCAUAUGAGGAGCCACACCAGUGAAACACAUUUUUCCUGCUCAGUUUGUGGUCAAGGAUUCACUUCAAAGCAAAUCUUAAUAACACACUCAAGAACCCACACCGGAGAAAAACCUUUUCCCUGCUCAGUUUGUGGGCAAGGAUUCAGUUGUCAGAGUGCCUUAAAAGUACACACAAGAAUCCACACUGGCGAAAAACCUUUUUCCUGCUCUGUUUGUGGUCAAGGAUUUGCUCAAAAGGAAACCUUAAAAACACACGAAAGAACCCACACUGGGGAAAAACCUUUUUCCUGCUCAGUUUGUGGUCAACGAUUCAGUCAUAAGAGUGCCUUAAAAGUGCACACAAGGACCCACACUGGAGAAAAACCUUUUUCUUGCGUUGAUUGUGGUCGAGGAUUCAGUUGUCAGAGUGCCUUAAAAGUACACACAAGAACCCACACUGGCGAAAAACCUUUUUCCUGCUCUGUUUGUGGUCAAGGAUUUGCUCAAAACGAAAACUUAAAAAUACACUCAAGAACCCACACCGGAGAAAAACCUUUUCCCUGCUCAAUUUGUGGGCAAGGAUUCAGUCAUAAGAGUGCCUUAAAAGUACACACAAGAACCCACACUGGCGAAAAACCUUUUUCCUGCUCUGUUUGUGGUCAAGGAUUUGCUCAAAAGGAAACCUUAAAAACACACGAAAGAACCCACACUGGAGAAAAACCUUUUUCCUGCUCAGUUUGUGGUCAAGGAUUCAGUCAUAAGAGUGCCUUAAAAGUGCACACAAGGACCCACACUGGAGAAAAACCUUUUUCUUGCGUUGAUUGUGGUCGAGGAUUCAGUUGUCAGAGUGCCUUAAAAGUACACACAAGAACCCACACUGGCGAAAAACCUUUUUCCUGCUCUGUUUGUGGUCAAGGAUUUGCUCAAAACGAAACCUUAAAAACACACGAAAGAACCCACACUGGAGAAAAACAUUUUUCCUGCUCAGUUUGUGGUCAACGAUUUAUUCGUAAGAGUGCCUUAAAAAUACACACAAGAGCCCACACCGGAGAAAAACCUUUUCCCUGCUCAGUUUGUGGUCAAGGAUUCAGUUGUCAGAGUGCCUUAAAAGUACACACAAGAACCCACACUGGCGAAAAACCUUUUUCCUGCUCUGUUUGUGGUCAAGGAUUUGCUCAAAAGGAAACCUUAAAAACACACGAAAGAACCCACACUGGAGAAAAACCUUUUUCCUGCUCAGUUUGUGGUCAACGAUUUAUUCGUAAGAGUGCCUUAAAAAUACACACAAGAGCCCACACUGGUGAAAAACCUUUUUCCUGCUCAGAUUGUGGAAAAAGAUUCACUGAGAAGGGCACCUUAAACAAACACACAAGAACCCACACUGGUGAAAAACCUUUUUCCUGCUCAGUUUGUGGUCAAGGAUUCAGUUGUCGGAGUGACUUAAAAGUACACACAAGGACCCACACCGGAGAAAAACCUUUUGCCUGCUCAGCUUGUGGUCAAGCAUUCGCUCGAAAUCAACACUUAAAAGUACACACAAGAACCCACACUGGCGAAAAACCUUUUUCCUGCUCAGUUUGUGGUCGCAGUUUCACUGAAAAGAAUUACUUACGAAAACACACAAGAACCCACACCGGUGAAAAACCUUUUUCCUGCUCAGAUUGUGGAAAAAGAUUCACUGUGAAGGGCGCCUUAAACACACACACAAGAACCCACACUGGUGAAUAGACCCUACCCACGUGACGUCACAACUUCACUCUCCUGAAUGGUACCGCCCAAUUGUCCGUCAAAACAUAGUGUUAACCUGUUACGGCUACGUACAUUCCUCCUAUUUACGGCGUGUUUUUCUGCUCCUUAACAUUAAUAAUCAAAAUGGUGAAGGCGUGUGUGGCUGUUGGUUGCACUAACAGAGAAGAUGGAAGGAGAGACUUGAAGUUUUACCGUAUUCCGAGGGAUCCAAAGAGGAGAGCGAAAUGGACGGCUGCAAUUCGACGUGAAAACUGGGCACCAAAAAAUCACCACAGACUAUGUAGUAGUCAUUUUAUAUCC